UUGAAGUGAUUGGUGUGCUCUUGUUAAUUGUUGUUAUACUUGUUCGCAUAUCAGAGAAACGAUAGAACUGUAUAUAAAAACCAUAAACGCGUGAGACAAAUUUUAAACGAUUCAGUGUAGCAUACUUGGAACAUCAAAGGCAGCGUUAGACACCAGUACACGUUUUAUAUACAUACACACUCCGAGCCGAUUAAUUUUUUUUGUAGAUUACGCACCCAUUGGUACAAUGAUUCCGGCAAUAACAUCGAAUGACAAAUUUCACAAUGUUAUUAUUAGUACAGGAAAUAUUCUUAACUUAAAUAACCAAUUGGGUGGAAAGUCAACUGAAGAAAUUCUGGAUGGUUUAAGUUUGACUUUACAGUGCCAAGCAGCGGCCUCGCAAGUGGAAUUGAUUGAAGCAGAUGGUUGUGUGCUCCGAGCCACAGAAGAGCUCAAGCAGAAGUUAACUGAAAACGACAGAUCAGAUAUUAGUAUUGGUGCUAAAAUAUUUUUAAACAAAAAUUCGAGUGCAUAUAUAAAGCAGGCGAUAAGAACAUUGUUGCAAGUACUUAAAGUAGAGCACGUGGACAACGUGGUGUUAGCGUAUCACCCGACAACUGUAGAUAAUUCAUCAAACACCAACAGUAAAGAAGAUGUCCAAAUUAAUGAGAAAUCAGAUCAAUUAAAAGAGCUUUGGUCGUCGUUGGAAGAAUUUGCUCAGCAAAAGAAAAUAACACAAUUGGGCAUUGCAGAUUUGGAUAUUGAACAACUGCGCCAAUUAUAUGCCACAGUCAAGGUUCAUCCAACCAUAGCGCAAAUUAAUUUGGAAUCGUGCUGUGUAGUGCCACCAGCAUUACAAGAAUAUUGUACAAAACAUGAUAUACAAUUGUUGACGCAUAGUGAUCCAGAAGUUUUGCUAUCUGAUGAUCAAUUCAUUGUGCCCGGCUAUCAAGUGGAUUGGACUUUACGUUAUCAAGUACAUGUUCGAUGUCGCGGUGUAAUAACUGCCAAAGGCUACAUACUUGGAGCCAGCAAGCGCGACCAAAUAGAAAAGCAAGUUGCAGUUUGAACGCCAUUUUAGUUCAGAAACUAUCAAAGCGGGUGGAGGGCAAUUGC